UAGCCGCUGAGUAGGGUGGCAUGGAGGACCCCGCGGCGCCCGGGGCCGGAAGCGCGUCCACCAAUGGCAACGGCAACGGCGGCGGCAAAGGGAAGCAGACGGCACCCAAGGGCCGGGAAGCGUUCAGAAGCCAGCGGCGGGAGUCGGAGGGCUCUGUGGACUGCCCCACUCUGGAAUUUGAGUAUGGAGAUGCAGAUGGGCACGCAGCAGAGUUGUCAGAAUUAUAUAGCUACACUGAAAACCUGGAAUUUACCACUAACAGGAGGUGCUUUGAAGAAGAUUUCAAGACUCAAGUGCAGGGCAAGGAGUGGCUGGAAUUGGAGGAAGAUGCUCAGAAGGCCUAUGUGAUGGGACUCCUAGACCGACUGGAGGUGGUCAGUAGGGAACGGCGACUGAAGGUGGCCCGAGCUGUUCUCUACCUGGCCCAAGGCACUUUUGGGGAAUGUGAUUCAGAGGUCGAUGUGCUACACUGGUCCAGGUACAACUGCUUCCUGCUCUAUCAGAUGGGGACCUUCUCGGCCUUCCUGGAGCUGCUCCACAUGGAAAUCGACAACAGCCAGGCCUGUAGCAGUGCUCUUCGGAAACCAGCCAUCUCCAUUGCUGAUAGCACAGAGCUCAGGGUGCUGCUGAGUGUUAUGUACCUAUUGGUGGAAAAUAUCCGCCUGGAGCGAGAGACAGACUCCUGCCGGUGGAGGACAGCACGAGAGACCUUCCGCACUGAAUUGAGCUUCUCCAUGCAUAAUGAGGAGCCUUUUGCCCUUCUGCUUUUCUCCAUGGUUACCAAGUUCUGCAGCGGCCUGGCUCCCCACUUCCCCAUAAAGAAGGUCCUGCUUUUGCUCUGGAAGGUAGUCAUGUUUACCCUCGGUGGAUUUGAGCAUCUACAGGUUCUCAAAGUACAGAAGCGGGCAGAACUGGGGCUGCCUCCACUGGCUGAAGAUAGCAUCCAGGUGGUGAAGAGCAUGCGUGCCGCCUCCCCACCCUCUUAUACCCUCGACCUGGGGGAGUCUCAACUGGCACCACCACCCUCUAAGCUACGAGGCCGUCGUGGUUCUCGAAGGCAACUCCUCACUAAGCAAGAUAGCCUGGACAUCUACAAUGAAAGAGAUCUCUUUAAGACUGAGGAACCAGCCACAGAGGAGGAAGAGGAGUCUGCUGGUGAUGGAGAACGAACCUUAGAUGGAGAGUUAGACCUGCUAGAGCAAGACCCCCUGGUGCCACCUCCACCUUCACAGGCACCCCUUUCUGCUGAGCGGGUGGCCUUUCCCAAGGGCCUACCUUGGGCCCCAAAGGUCAGACAGAAGGACAUUGAGCACUUCUUGGAGAUGAGCAGGAACAAAUUCAUCGGAUUCACUCUGGGGCAGGACACAGACACCUUGGUUGGAUUACCCAGGCCCAUCCAUGAGAGUGUGAAGACUUUAAAGCAGCACAAGUACAUCUCCAUUGCAGAUGUUCAGAUCAAGAAUGAGGAGGACCUGGAGAAGUGCCCCAUGUCUUUGGGGGAAGAGGUGGUACCAGAGACACCAUGUGAAAUCCUCUACCAAGGCAUGCUCUACAGCCUCCCCCAGUACAUGAUUGCUCUGCUUAAGAUUCUACUGGCUGCAGCCCCCACCUCCAAGGCUAAGACAGACUCUAUCAAUAUCCUGGCUGAUGUCCUGCCUGAGGAGAUGCCCAUCACUGUUCUCCAGAGCAUGAAGUUGGGAAUCGAUGUGAACAGGCACAAGGAGAUCAUCGUAAAGAGUAUCUCUGCUCUGCUCCUGCUACUCCUCAAACACUUCAAACUGAACCAUAUCUACCAGUUUGAAUAUGUAUCACAACAUUUGGUAUUUGCCAACUGCAUUCCUUUGAUCCUGAAGUUCUUCAAUCAAAAUAUCUUGUCCUACAUCACUGCCAAAAACAGCAUCUCAGUCCUGGAUUACCCUUGCUGUACCAUCCAGGAUUUGCCGGAGCUUACUACAGAGAGUCUGGAAGCUGGAGACAACAACCAGUUCUGCUGGAGGAACCUCUUUUCCUGCAUCAACCUUCUGAGGCUGCUCAAUAAACUGACCAAAUGGAAGCAUUCCAGAACCAUGAUGCUGGUGGUAUUCAAAUCAGCUCCAAUCUUAAAGCGGGCCCUCAAGGUCAAACAGGCCAUGCUGCAACUUUAUGUUCUGAAGCUGCUAAAAAUACAGACCAAGUACUUGGGGCGCCAGUGGAGAAAAAGCAACAUGAAAACCAUGUCAGCCAUCUACCAGAAAGUACGCCACCGCAUGAAUGAUGACUGGGCUUAUGGGAAUGACAUCGAUGCCAGGCCAUGGGACUUCCAAGCAGAAGAAUGCACUUUGAGGGCCAACAUUGAGGCUUUUAACAGCCGCCGGUAUGACAAACCCCAGGACUCUGAAUUUUCACCUGUGGAUAACUGCUUGCAGAGUGUGCUGGGGCAGAGGUUGGAUCUGCCUGAGGAUUUCCACUAUUCAUAUGAGCUCUGGCUGGAGAGAGAGGUGUUUUCACAACCCAUCUGUUGGGAGGAGCUGCUCCAGAAUCACUGAUUGAGCUCUUAAAAAGCAUAUGAUAGAUGGGGGUUGGCUCCAAUAAAUGGUGCUCUGCCUACCCUGCCCAUUUGGCCUUUGUUUCCAGCCCUGGGAGUGUUUGUCUAGGGAAGAGCUGGCCUAGCCCAAGGACAUCCAGUGUAGUGCAGGGCCAUUCUUGGGGCUUUGGGCCUGGAGAUAGUGCAUGGGUAGGAUCCUGAGUCACAACAAAUUGGUCAACCUGCCCUGGGGUGGGUUGGAUGCCCAGGUAGCCUUGAAAAUCUGCUGGAUCAGUCCUGGACAGGCUCUUUUGUGGGACCGCUCCCUGCUUUAGUGUUGCCUAGAACCAGCCUAGCCUUUGCUGGCCCCAAGAAUGAGAAUAAGUUUAUUAUGGUAUUUAACUCAUGAUAUUCAUCAUAGGUAAUGGGAGGUGCAAGUCAUGAAAUAGGGAGAACAUUUCCUUGUUGCUCACGCUGGAUUCCAAGGACUUAUGAGAGGUUUGGCAAAACCAACUUUGAAAUUAAGUCUGUAUUUUAAAUUUAAAAUUUUGACACCUCUUUCUAAAAUUAUUAUCUCAAAGAUGAUUUUAGAGCACCUGCACCUUUGUGGAGGACGAUGAUUUACUAUUACCUAAGUACUGCAUGUUAUAGUAAGGUAUAUUGUGUAAAGUGUUUUUUCUCUACUCCCAAAGACAUCUGUGUUGAAUCUGGAAAUUAUCUUUUUGUGUAUUCCUGUAUAGUGCAUGGAGUGCUCUGCCACAGCCAAUAUGAAAUAGGCCUCCUCUAAGGAUGUAUCAUGUUUUUCUGAAACUACUUCAGUCUUCAAAUGAUGGAGUACACUGUAGAAAAUUAUCCUUUUCAUCCAAUUCACUUUUUAAAUGACAAGUAACUACAGGAGGUUUUAUUUAUUGAGAUGGCAUGUCCAUUUGUGCUCGUGAUCGAUUUAUUUUUUAAUUGAAUAGAAUAGCAAGAGCAUCACAGCUUACCAUUUUUCAUCUCCUAUGUUGAUUAAUGAUUUUUUUCCCUUUUUACUGCUAGUGGUUCCAAAGUGUCAUGUGGAGAUUUAGCAAUACUGUUUCUAUCUAAAAGUAUUGCACAUUUCUUUGAAAAUAUAGGGGUUGAUGUACCAACCUCUUUAAACUUCUUUUACAGCAAAAUCACAUACUUCUCAACAGAAACAAGGUUUUUAGAAAAGCUUCUGAUUCAAUCAGGAUCAUUUUAUUUCUCUUCUGUCCCCACAGUUAUGUUACCUAUAUUUUCACGCUUUUUUAUUUUAAAUGCCCUCCCUACUGAUAUGGACACUACUGAAUCUUUUUUAUGAUAGCACCAGGCCACUUAAAUUGCACCGGAGGUCUAGUAAAAAUAUGAUUAUUUACUCUGUCAACCACAGUCUCAUUUGGAAGUCAUGAUACAGUUACCAAUGAUAUCCAAAGGAACUAAACCAGAAUUCUAACCAAAACUUGGAUUUCGCCUCUUUGUGCUGUAGGGUAGCAGCUUUCUGUUUUUAUGGAAAGGUCAUGAAGAAUGUUUAAGUAAUGGAUGACACUUCUUAAAACAAUUUGUAAAGUUUACCUAAAUAGGACAGCUAUCCUUACUGCAAUCAAAAUAAUUUACUGAGCAUAUCGUAUAUGAACCUUAUUAAUCAUUUUAGUGUGGUUCAACUGAAAAGACAAUUUUCAAGGAAAGAGCAGUCAUCAAUCUAUUUCUCUUAAAGCCAUAUAGUAUUUAAUUUGUGUCAAGAACAAAUAAGUUGCCCUUUUAAAAAUAUGCACAUGAAUGCUUUCUGAGGCAUAUAAGUAUGCUAAGCUUUAACAUUUCAUACUUUUUUUACAAAUCUUCUCUAAGGGAAGAUUAAUUCUCAGUGCAGAUGGAGAAACUGAGACACCAAGAAAAGUGAUUAGUUUCCAAUCACAACAUUUUUUUCGCUGACUUGCUGGGAUAGCAUUCAGGGUAUUGAUAGCCAGCCCCAUAUGUUAAACUGAUUUGAAUCUUCUAAUCUGAGAACCCUUGUGUGUGGUCAGGAAUAAAUUCAGAUUAACUAGCCUCUAAUGGUGAUUACUGUUACUACUUAGAAGAACAUUAUUUGAGUGAUUUAUAGAGGAUUUUUAUUUGUGAGUAUUUCAGUAAAGUUGUGUUAAUUGUUGUUAACAUUGUUUAUCUACUAAAGCACUUUAAUAAAAAGAAAUUGAACUGGA